AUGAGUGACGUGAACUGGAAUUCUGACUCUUCCUCUUGCUCUUCCUCCUCUCCUUCCCCCACUUCUUUCUCCUCUCACUCGCCUUCUUUCUUCUCAUCCUCUCCCUCCUCCACCUUCCCUUUCAAAGAUGGAGUCAUGCUGUACAUGGUCUAUUUAAACAAGGAGAAUCUACAAAGGUUCAAGCAGCUUUUAGUGGAAGAGAGCCCCAGACCUGGCUCUCUCCAGAUCAGCUGGGACCAGCUGAAGACAGCCCGGUGGGGGGAGGUGGUUCACCUCCUAAUCGAGUCCUUCCCUGGACGCCUCGCUUGGGAGGUGACUCACGACAUCUUCGCCAAGAUGAACCAGGCAGAACUGUGUCUUCGGGUACAGAUGGAGCUGAAUGACAUUUUACCUAACUUGGAACCAGAGGCCUUGAACCCGAGAGAAACACAAAUGAACUUGGAGGAAGAUGAGUCUGAUAAACUACGGAAGUACAGACUACACUUGAUGAAUGAAUAUUCGACCCUAUGGAACAGGACCGCUUGGCCUGGGAACCACAUGGACUUCUUUUACCAAGACCUACACAGAGAAGAGACAUUCUUACCCUGUCUACUUCUUCCCAGAAAACCUCAAGGAAGACAGCCCAAGACUGUGGUUCUUCAGGGGGUCGCCGGGGUUGGAAAAACAAGCCUGGCCAAAAAAGUAAUGUUAGAAUGGGCAGAAAACAAGUUCUAUGCCCACAAGCUCUGGAACGCUUUCUACUUCCAUUGCCAGGAGAUGGACCAGUUGGAUGAGCAGAGCUUCGCUGAGCUCAUUGCACGCAAGUUGUCCGGGUCUCGGGCUCUGGCGUCCAAGAUCAUAUCCAAAGCAGACCAGCUUCUACUCCUGUUUGAUGGCUUCGAGGAACUAACCUCAACCCUCAUAGAUAGACCCGAGGACCUGAGUGAGGACUGGAGCCAGAAGGUGCCCUGGUCUGUCCUCCUGACCAGUUUGCUGAGCAAAAGAAUGCUUCCCGGGGCCACGCUAAUCAUCUUCCUGAGGUUCACCUCUUGGAAGAACUUGAAUCCCUUUCUGAAAUGCCCGUCUCUGAUAACCCUUACAGGGUUUAGUGUGCCUGAGAGAUCCAGGUAUUUCAGGACGUACUUCAGAAACAAGAGCGAAGCCGAUGAAGCCUUGAGUUUUGUCAUGGGAAACACGAUUCUCUUCUCCAUGUGUCAGGUCCCUGUCAUCUGCUGGAUGGUAUGUUCUUGUCUGAAACAGCAGAUGGAGAGAGGAGCAAAUCUCCUGCACACGUUUCCAAAUGCCACAGCUGUAUUCGUCUACUUUCUUUCCAGCUUGUUUCCAGCCAGGGUUAGAGACCUUUUCAAUAAGACUCACCAAGAACAGUUGAAAGGUCUGUGCUCCUUGGCCGCAGAGGGUAUGUGGGAAAGGAGAUGGGUGUUUAAUAAGAGAGAUCUCAACCUGGCCAGACUGGAUGAAACAGACGUCGAGACUUUUCUCAGCGCGAAUAUUUUUCGAAGGGUGGUGGGCGACAAAGACCUUUACGCCUUUGCCCACUUGAGCUUCCAGGAAUUUUUUGCUGCCUUGUUGUAUGUUCUCUGCUUCCCACGAAGACUCAGAAAUUUCCAUGUGUUGGACCGGUUCCGUGUCCUACGCCUGAUAGCACAUCCCGGAAGAAAGAGAAACCAUCUCGCCCAGAUGGCGCUUUUUUUAUUUGGCCUUUUAAAUGACACGUGCGCUCUAGCUGUGGAGCAGGUGUUCAGAUGCAAGGUGUCCUUGGGCAACAAGAAGAAAUUGCUGAAAGUCGCAGCCCAGCCACAUGAAUGUGAUCCACCAACCCCGCACCACGGGGUCCCACAGCUAUUCACCUGUCUGCAUGAAAUCCGGGAGGAGGUAUUUGUGAGUCAGAUCCUAAACAACUGUCGGAAAGCUGCUUUGGUCAUCAGCAGAAGUAAAGACAUGCAAGUGUCUGCCUUUUGCCUGAAGUUCUGCCGACGUUUGCAGGAGUUACAGCUGACUCUCACCCUGAUCAUCGCCAAGGCGAGCAGCUUAAUCUCUAACAGUGAGCCCUUUUCUCUUUUUCUCCCACACAGACCAGAGGGCAGUGAGAGGUGUUAUCUCUGGUGGCAAGACUUCUGCUCUGUGUUUAGAACACAUGAGAGUCUGGAAGUCCUGGCUGUGACAAACAGUACUAUGGAUCCUGAUUCAGUGAAGGUCCUUUCUACAGCACUGAAACAUCCACACUGUAAACUCCAAAAACUUAUCUUUAGGCACGUGAGCCCCCUCGUGUUGAAUGAAGACUUAAUCGGAGUUCUGGUGGAAAACCAGUACCUGAGAUACUUGGAAAUACAAGACACGGAAGUGAGAUGCCACGUCAUGGAGUUUCUGUGCAAUGCCUUGAAACACCCCCAGUGUUUUCUACAGUGUCUGAGGUUGGAAGAUUGCCCUUUCAGCCCGAGAAAUUGGACUGAUCUUGCCAGGAAUCUCAAAAACAAUGUUCACCUGAAGACUCUCAUGCUGAAACGUAGCUCCCUGGAGAGGUUUGAACCAUGUCACCACCUGCCAGUGGCCCAACUGGAGAAGCUGUCAUUGGAGAAUUGUGACCUCACGUCACUUUCCUGCAAAAGUCUUAUCUCUUCUCUUGCGAGUAACAAGAAUCUGACCCAUCUGAGCUUGGCAAAAAAUGCCUUGAAGGAUGACGGGGCGAAACAGCUUUGGAAUGCCUUGCAACGCUCUCAGUAUCCUCUGCAGAGGCUGGUGCUGAGAAAUUGUGCCUUGACCUCUGAAUGCUGUCAGGAUAUGGCUUCUGCUCUUGAUGAAAAUAAAACCCUGAGAAGUCUGGACCUUGGUUUUAAUAGCCUGAGGGACGACGGGGUUAUCCUGCUCUGUCAGGCCCUGAUGAACCCUGACUCGGGCCUACAGAUUCUUGAGCUGGAAAAGUGCCUGUUCACCUCCGUCUGCUGCCGGGCCAUGGCUUCUGUGCUCCUCAACAACCAAACUCUGAGAUACCUGGACUUGAGCAAGAACGACAUCGGGUUUGGGGGCAUCCUCCACCUGCGUGAGGCCGUCAGGAAGAGGAAGUGGGGAUCUGAGGUCUCUCUGUAA